UCAGAGCGCAGGGCUGCGAUGCCAGAGAGGGAAGUCAUUGUUGAAUAUGUCAAAGUUGAGGCCGCUCGGCCACAGACAGUCGACAAGGGAGUGGACGCGACUGUGUCAACUAUGGAUUGCGCGAUCGAGGCACGGCCUUCGACUGUCGAGUUCUCUAUUCAGGCCGAGCCUUCGACGAGAGAGUUCCAAAUCCAGGCGACUCCGUCCCUCGUCUCGAUAGGCAUCGGAGCCAUACCCGAAACGUCAGACGCAGAGGUCGAUGCAGCUGUGGCGCCCGUCCAGUUGCACUCCAUGGAGAUUCAGACUGUUGACGAGGGUUUCCAGCUUUCCUCUCGACCCAACCACUAUUAUCACCCUAUAGCCAGCCUUUCACCCCUCUCCUCGUUGAUGUCUUUGGCAGGAAUCGUUGGAAUCAUCCGUUUUUUGGUUUCAUACCCCCUGGGGAUCCCCGUGCGCAUCCUCCACAGCAUCCUGGGAUUGGUGAAGUGGGAGAGGAUUGAUUCACGGCCCGCGCCAGAAACAGUCGAUGUGGCGCUGGACGAUAUCAAUGAAUAUGCUCUGAACUCAGAUGAAACACGUCUGAAUCCCCCCAAUGUGCAAGAUUCCGCCGACGAGAC